GUCACUCCAUCGUUUCCAUUGCGUUCAUAAUUUCUAAUACACCAUUCAUCAAUCUUUAGGGAAACAAAUGACAAACAGACAAAAAAGAUGUAAUCAGUGUGGAAGACUAUUGGUGGUUCCACAAGAGGUGCAAGUCUUUGAGUGUGCAGUGUGCCAUGGCAUCACAUGGAUUGGACCCACCACAAGUCCUUGGAGUCAAGCCUACAGCAACGUUCAUCACAUUGCAGGUCGUUUUAGAGGCUUUGUAAAUACCAUAAUGGCUAGUUCAGUUAACAACAAUUCGGGUUAUUAUGGGAUAACUCACUUUGGCUAUUAUCCUCAGCCUCAGCCUCAGCCAUCAUCACUAAUGCCAUCUUACCAUGUAUAUGGCUCAAAGCGAGCAGUGCUAUGUGGAAUUCGCUACCAUGGAAAGAGUUACGGUCUUAAAGGCUCCAUAAAUGAUGUCAAAUGCAUGAAAUACUUUCUGGUUAAGGAGUUUGGGUUUCCUAGCGACUCCAUUCUCAUGCUCACAGAUGAUAAGGAGGAGAAAAACCCGCUAAGAAUUCCAACGAAAACUAACAUUCAAAUGGCCUUGAGGUGGUUGAUUGAGAGUAGCCAGUCAGGGGAUUCAUUGGUGUUCCACUUCUCAGGACAUGGGACAAGGGAAAUGAACAUGGAUGGGUUUUGUGAAGCAAUAUGUCCUGUUGAUUAUGAACAGCACGGGAAGAUACUAGAUACUGAGAUUAACGCUGCAAUUGUUAGUCCACUACCACGUGGUGCUAAACUUCAUGCCAUUAUUGAUGCAUGCCAUAGUGGGACUCUUCUUGAUUUAUCUUUUAUGUGCAAGAUGAACAGGGAAGGAUAUUACACAUGGGAAGAUCGUAGAUGUUGCAGAAAUGACAAAGGUGCAAGCGGAGGGCUAGUAAUUUGUAUUUCAGCUUGCGAGGAUGGUCAGAUCUCCAUAGAUACCUCAGCCUUAAGUGGCAAAGUAGUUACUGGGGCAUUGACUUAUAGUUUCAUCCAAACGGUGCAAAAUGAACCUGGUCUGAGUUAUGGUCGGUUGCUCAGUGUAAUGCGUUCAACCAUCCGUGGUACAAAAACAGGCAUAGUACGACUAAAUGGCCCAAUUGCUUCACUGUUAAAUAGAUUUCUUGGCCCGGAAAUCCGACAGGAGCCACAACUAUCAUCUUCGGAGAUGUUUGACAUGUAUACAAAGCGGUUUGAACUAUGAUAAGGUAAUUUAUCAUCAGAAGUAUAAGUUUAUAAUCGUACGUGUUACUGAUGACAGAGAUUAAAGAUGUAAUAUUGGACACAUUUAACUGAAGUAUUCGAGAUCUGUAAACAUUACACAAAUGAAGGAUUAAAGAGUGUGGUUCUUUUGAACAUAGGAAAUGGCCAAUAAGUCGUUUUUCAACUUGGAUGUGGGAGACAAUCCCCAACUACAACUAUGUACCCUGCUUUGUUUACAUAGUCUCAAAUUUGAUCGUCG